AUGCCCCAGGAGCACCCGCUGUCGCUGUCACUGCCGCCGCCCGCCAAAGGCAAGGAGGCCUCGCCAUGGGCGACGCCCACGGCGGAGGCCGAGCGCGCGCGCCGCCGCCACAUGUCCAGGCUCUAUGCCGAGCUCGGUGCGCAGCUCCCCGGCCCGCCCCCUCGGGUCCGUCCGUCCGUCUACGUUUUCUAUCUCUCUCUCUCCCCCCUUGGUUCAUUCGUUCUUGGCCAUGGUCUCACGGUCUCACUCUCACCACGUUCGUCACCACGCGCGCAGGCGAGCAUGGCGCGGAUCCUGGAGGACGCGAUCGCCUACGUGGGGGUGCUGCGGGCCACGGUCGCGGGGCUCGAGGAGCGCGCCGCGUUCGCGAGAUCACCGCAGACGACCGCGCCCGCCGGAGCCGGCGCCGGCGCGGCCGAGGUGCUCGUGGCCGGGAAGGCGUCGUGCUUCGCCGUCCGCCUGCCGGAAGCGCGGACCCGGGGCGCGCUGACGCGCGUGCUGGAGGUGUUCCGACGGCACGGUGUGCCCGUCCUCGCGGCCACGGUGACCAGCGACGGCGGGGAGGCCGCGGUCACGGUCACCACGGCGCCAGUGCCGCCGAGAUUCCUCCAGGGGAUUCAAGAAGACAUCAGAAGCAGCACUGCGUGA